UGGCGCGCGCGGUCAGCUGGUCACAUGACUCUGGUGGAAGCAGCAGCAGCAGCAGCAGCAUGGCUCUGCUCUUCAGCGAUGAGGAGAUCCAGCAGGCCUGGACCGAGCUGGACGAGCCGCAGCUCGACGGAGGAUGGGAGCUCUUCACCGAGACCAUGAACGUCAAAAUAUACCGACUUUACAACAAGGAAACGGGUCUGUACGAGUACAAAGUGUUCGGUUCUCUGGCCAGCUGCGCUCCAGAUCUCUGCGCAGAUGUCUACAUGGAUCUGAGCUACAGGAGACAGUGGGACUCGUAUGUCAAAGUUCCUCCUGUGGCUGGUGGUCAAAUUCAUUCAGAUAUGCAGAGCUGCACGAGAAGGACUACGGCGGACAGAAAGCCAUAUACUGGGAGGUGAAAUAUCCAUUACCUCUAUCCAACAGGGAUUACGUGUAUGUGCGGGAGCGCCGGGAUCUGGACGUGGGAGGACGUAAGAUCUCUGUGGUUUUAGCCAAGAGCUCGUCUGUGUCUCAGUGUCCAGAGAAGAAGGGCGUGAUCCGGGUCAAAGACUACAAACAGAGUCUGGCCAUGGAGAGCGAUGGCUCCGGCGGCACCAAAGUGUUUAUGAACUACUUUGACAAUCCUGGAGGAAUGAUCCCGACGUGGCUGGUGAACUGGGCAGCGAAGACGGGUGUCCCUGGCUUUCUCACCGACAUGAAGAAGGCCUGCAGUAACUACAGCAGCUACUGCAACAACAGCAAGUGAUGCACGAGAGAGUGCGUCCUCUGCUUCUCUGCUUCUGUUUCCUGUCAGGAGGGCAUUCUGGGUAGAGUUACUGCUGUUUCUGUGGUGGUCGGAGAAAACAUGUCUGAAGUCCUUCUUUAUUGUUCUUUUGUUGUCUUAACGAUACAAUUGUCUGUUAAAGAACGGAAUGAAUCCAGCUUCCUGUUGAACUUUGGCAGGAAAUUAGAGCUAAUUUGAGUUUGGAAAAUCUGUUUAAUGUAAUAUAGAUUGAUCAUAGCACUUUAAAUGAUCGUUAUUUGUGAAUGUAUGAAAAGAUUAAUUGUUAUAGGUCAAAUGCACAAAAUCAAUCAACAAGCCUUCCUGUAGUUUCUUUUGCUCACCAAGUCUGCAUUUAUUUGAUCAAAAAUACAGUAAAACAGUUUUAAUUAUGAAAUAGUAUUACAAUUUAAAUGAACGGUUUUCUGUGUGAAUAUAUUGUCAAAUGUAAUUUAUAUAUGUGUUGCAAAGCUGAAUUAUCAGCAUCAUUACUCCAGUCUUCAGUGUCACACGAUCCUUCAGAAAUUAUUCUAAUGUGCUGAUUUGCUACUCAAUUAUUAUUAUUAUUAUUAUUAGUAUUCAAUUAUCAAUAAUGGUUCGUAUUAUCAAUGUUGCGGUUUUUGUUGCGUAAUAUUUUUUUCUGGCUUUUUUGAUGAAUUGAAAUUUCAAAAGCAUUCAUUUGAAAUGUAAAUAUUUUCUAACAUUAUAAAUGUAUUUACUGUCACUUUUGAUCAAUUUAGUGCUGCUUUGCUUAAAAGGAAAACUUUUGAAUAGUUUCCACACAAAUGUGAAGCAGCACAACGGUUUUCAACACUGAUAAUAAUCAGAAAUGUUUCUUGAGCAGCAAAUCAGUACAUUAGACUGAUUUCUGAAGAAUCAUGUGACACUGAAGACUGGAGUAAUGAUGCUGAAAAUCCAGCUUUGAUCGCAGCAAUAAAUUACAUUUUAACAUUUUCAUACAGAAAACCGUUAUUUAAAAUUGUAAUUAUAUUUUAACAUUUUUUUUACUGUAGUUUAGAUUAAAUAAAUGCAGUCUUGGUGAGCAGAAGAGACUACUUACAAAAAGUGAUUUAGGUUUAAGUGUCCUAAUAAGCAUGAGGGUCGCAGUAUGUGAUCUGAACAGUUAUAUAAUAAUAAUAAUGGUAUAGUUUUGUUCCUCACCUUCAACAACUGAACACAAUCAUGCACUUACUGUAUAUUUCACAAGAUGUUUUAGCAUGUACUGGUGCUGAAUGAGUCCCUGCUCCUUCCCAUGAGCCUCUGCAGAUGGGUGUUAUGGAUUAUAGUGAUCCAGCGCCCUCUGCUGGUGGAUUCAAGGGCUGUGACUUUACAAAGACGCUAAAGUUGACACUGAUUUUAUUUUAAUGGUCGAUGCCGUUUUUAACAGUUAAUGUAUCCUGCUGUAUAUUGGGAAAUGCAAUUAUAUUUCUGAUACUUUGCAGAGACUUUUAAACCGAAAUGACACUCAGGAUCAUGCAUAAAUCACAUUUAUGACAAUUAAUAGAAAACUGAGAUGGGACUACAGUAUAUUGAUGAACAUUUGAUUUGCAUGGAAAAUGAUAUGCCUACAUAUACACGUCUGAAAUCAAAAUUGUGUGCUGUUUACAUGUUAAUGCUGAGCACAGAAAAAAAUUGGCUGUUAAAAUAUAAUUUUGAUAUGCAAAAUCUGGCUUAUAAUUAUAAUCAAGACUAUUAAAUGCCAGAUUUGUGCAGUGUGGAUAUGCAUAAUGAAACUUUACAUGACACUGCAUGAAUCUGAAUGUUACGGUGGAUGAAUGAUGUAUUUGAUACUGUAACAGCAGUUUAAAAAGCACUUUGAUGCAAUCCAGGCCAUUAAUAUCAGCUGGUGUUUACUGACUAACAUGUAUUUGUUAGUAGGAAAUGGAGAUUAUAUUUAUAGGAAAUGAAGUGACAUUGCCUUUGACUCCGCUUUAACACUUCGUAGUUUCAUUGUGUCUUGGUGUGGUGUUUUCCUCUGGUUCUGUUGUUUUUUUUUUUUUUCUUUUUUUUUUUUGACGUCUCUACCUCUUGAACUCACAGUGCUGAAAAUGAAAAAAAAUAAUAAUAAUUCUGUACAUUCUUCCUCAACCUCUUCAUUAUUGCAAUAAACUGGUGUUCUGCCUUUGAAUGCAGUUGAAGAAUGAAGUUUUUUUUUCUUUAGUUGUGUUUCACACGAACUGUGUUAAAAGCUGCACUUAAAAUGCCUAUAAAGCAACAUGAUCAUGGAUUUGAGUCCAAAAGAUGAAAAAUUAUAUGGUACAACAUUUUAAACUGAAUGCAGUAGUUGUGGCUCUACCUGCUGGUCAAUAAUGUAAUUACAGCCUUCAAUGUCAGUAGCUUAUUUUUUUGUUUGGUCAUAGACUGUCACUUGCACUGUAAAAAAUGACUGUGAUUUUAACGGUAAAAAACUUUGAAAAUGCUACAGUAAAAACCUGUUAAAUACGGUAAGUUCCUGUAAAAUUUACAGGGGAAAAACGUAAACUGACGUUCCCAGAAUUCCCUGCGUUGCAUUUUGUUUGAAUUUGAUGUUUUUUCUUUGUAAUAACUGUUUCUUGGUUUUUCUUAUCAGUUAUGUUUAUUAGGGUUGUAUGUUACAUCUAAUGUUGUUAAAUUAAUGUUUAUUGCAUAUUUUAAUGAGUCUCACCAUGAUGGUGUUUAGUGCUUGUGUGAAUGACACUGUGCACCUUCUAUAUAUGCUAUUAUUUAAAAGCUGCUUGUGAUGGGCUUUGGUUCAUCAUGUGACUCUCAUCACCACCUGCAUUUGGUGGUUAUCAGUGUAUUUCAAAGGUACAAAACAGAUUUCAGUACUUCAAUAGGUUGGUAUAUUAACAUUAUAUCAGUUAAUGAAAUUACGGUAUUUAAAUGUAAAUUUAAGUUAAAACCGUAAAACCUAAAAUGUUGUUACCGUAUUUUUUACGGUAGAAUUCCGGCAACCACAGCUGCUGGUUUUUUACUGUAAAUUUUACGGAAUUUUUUUUUUACAGUGUAGGUAAUCUUUAACCAGUGUUAUUUUAGGAUCAUUGAGAUACUGUUAUAGUUUUUUUUAAUAUAAAUAUUUUAGAUCAGUUUAUAUUUUCAUUUUAGUUUUAGCAGUUUCAAUAUUUUGUGGUUUUGCCGUUUUUAGUAAUUUAUUUAUUUUAUAAAGUUAAAUUAAAUUGAGGUUUAGCUGAAUUUUUAAAAUUCUAUAUAAUCUAUUUUAAUGUUUAUGAAGUAACUUUUUUAAUAGUUUUACUUACAGUUUUAGUUGACGACAAUAUCCCUGCUUUAAACGUCCUGGUUGAGGCAAAAUGAUUGAUAUAAUAUAUUUUUUUUCUUUCAGUCUUCUGCUUUUCUUUUAAUGUAUUUUCAUCCCUCUCCUCUCUUGC